CAUUCCAUGGUUCAGGUGGAAUGUACAUAACAGCGCCUCGAGUUAAUGAUUAACCCUCCCCGGGUAGGAGAAACCUCGAAAUGGGCAUGCCCAGUUUAAAAAUGGCCCCUGCGCCCCACCCUGGUCACUAUGGGCAAUACCAGUUGUGUACUGGAGAUCAGCAAUGAAGUUUCCUUGUACCCUUGUCACCCUGUCCUUGUGAGUGACAGAUCACACGGGGACUUUGUACCGGGACCGGAGCACGGCUCUUCGCUUCAGUCAUGUUGGCUUUUAUAGCGAGGAGUAUGUGAUCCUUUAAGCUUAGAGACAGGUACAGCGAUGGAUAAGAAGCUCCAAACAGAAGAGACCAAGCCGGUCCGCUUAGUAAAGCCAGUGUCAUUGGUGAAACUGCCAGGCAGGUACCUGGCACAUCAGGAGGCAUUGCCACAUUUACCCAUCCCUCCACUUCAGCAGACGCUGGAUAAAUAUCUGUUGGCCUUGAAACCCUUGGUAAGUCAGGAGGAAUGGAGCCACACCAACCAAAUGGUGGACGAAUUCCAGACUUCUGGAGUAGGCGAAAGGCUGCAGAAGAGCCUAGAGAGAAGAGCAAGGAAGACAGAAAACUGGCUUUCAGACUGGUGGCUGCAGACAGCUUACCUCGAGUACCGUCUGCCAGUCGUAGUUCAUUCGAGCCCUGGUGUGGUGCUACCAAAACAAGACUUUUUGGACAGACAAGGGCAACUUAGAUUUGCUGCUAAGCUGAUUGAAGGCGUUCUCGACUUUAAAUCUAUGAUAGACAAUCAGACCUUGCCUGUAGAACAUCUCGGUGGUAAACCGCUCUGUAUGAACCAAUACUGCCAAAUAUUAUCUUCUUGCCGCAUUCCGGGUCCAAAGAGAGACUCGGUCGUCAACUAUAGCCAAGCCAAGAAGCCCCCCACUCACAUUACAGUGGUCCAUAACUUUCAGUUCUUUGAGCUAGAUGUGUAUCACAGUGAUGGAACGCCGCUGACCGCAGAUCAGAUUUUCAUUCAACUGGAGAAGAUCUGGGGAACUUCACUACAGUCUAAUAAGGAGCCUAUUGGCAUCCUUACCACAAAUCACAGGAACAGCUGGGCCAAGGCCUACAACAAUCUUAUCAAAGAUAAGAUCAACAAAGAGUCCGUGCGUAUAAUCCAGAAGAGUAUCUUCACAGUGUGCCUGGAUGCCCCAAUGCCAACUGUCUCUGAUGAUCUGUACAAGAGUCGGGUGGCGGCCCAAAUGUUACAUGGUGGAGGCGGCCACCUGAACAGUGGGAAUAGAUGGUUCGACAAAACCCUGCAGUUUAUAGUAGCAGAAGAUGGUUCUUGUGGGCUAGUGUAUGAACAUGCUCCGGCAGAAGGACCUCCCAUUGUGGCUUUGGUGGACCAUGUUGUUGAGUACACGAAAAAGCCAGAUUUAAUCAGAUCACCGAUGAUCCCUUUACCGUUGCCCAAGAAAUUGCGCUUUAACAUCACUCCGGAAGUUAAGAAUGACAUUGAGAAAGCCAAGCAAAACCUAAAUAUAAUGGUUCACGAUCUGGAUGUCAAAGUCUUUGUUUUUAAUGUGUUUGGGAAAAACUUCCCCAAGUCAGAGAAGCUAAGUCCAGAUGCCUUCAUCCAGGUGGCUCUUCAGCUGGCUUAUUAUCGGAUGUAUGGGACAGCCUGUUCCACCUAUGAGAGUGCGUCUCUUCGAAUGUUCCGCUUGGGGAGGACAGAUACCAUCCGUUCUGCUUCAGUUCAGUCUCUAGAAUUUGUCCAAGGCAUGGAGGAUUCUGGGAAGCAGAACCAAGAAAAAGUGGAUCUGCUGAGGAAAGCGGUGCAAGCUCAUCGCGUCUACACAGACAUGGCCAUCACUGGUAAAGCCAUAGACCGCCAUUUACUGGGACUGAAACUUCAAGCUAUUGAAGAUUUGGUUAGCAUUCCCGAAAUCUUCAUGGACACAUCAUACGCCAUUGCAAUGCAUUUUAAUCUCUCUACCAGCCAGGUGCCUGCUAAGACGGACUGUGUCAUGUGCUUUGGCCCGGUGGUCCCGGAUGGAUACGGCGUUUGCUACAACCCCAUGGAAGACCAUAUCAACUUUUCAGUGUCUGCCUAUAACAGCUGUGCAGAAACCAAUGCAGCCAGGUUGGCUCACUACUUGGAGAAGGCUCUGUUAGAUAUUCAACAGCUGAUCCAGCAUACUCCUAAAUCCAAGUUGUAACCAGCUGAGGCAGACCUUACACGGAGCAAGAGACUCUGAAUGGAUUUUACGGUGCAUUAACCAUAUAUGUGCAAGAUUGGGCUCUCCUUACUGGCUUUUGAACCACCAGUACCUAUGUGGACUACAGCCAGUGCUAUGUCUGCCCUACAUCUGCAUGGCACAGCUGUGGUACCCAAAGAAUGUCCAGUGGCAUUGGUAACCUCAAAGUUGUUUGGCCAUAUUUUAGGCUGGAUUCACACCUAUGCAUUUUUAGUGCUUUUUGCAUUUUGCAGAUUUGCACUGUAGAACGCGUUCCAU